AUGUCCAAAGAACCAAGUAAAUUUUAUGGAGGUAUAAAGUCCUAUGAUAUUCACACAUAUUGGAACAAUAACAAUAAAGUUGAUAGAGAUUUCGCAUUUCAGUUAAGGGAAAAUGUAUUGAAGGACUUUGCUAAAGAAAUUGAAGAUGGAGAUAUUAGAGUAUAUAAAUUUUGGGACAAACCAAUUGGACCUCAUCCAAUAAACAUGUGGGAGCUUGAUUUCAAAAGUCCUGAAAUAUUUAAAGUGAUUUUACCAUAUUUCCAAUUGCAUCAUGGUCGUUUAUCAGUUUUGAUUCAUCCUAGGACAGGUCAAGGUGCUGUGAAAGAUCAUACAUCCAAUGCCUUAUGGUUAGGACAUAAAUUAAGACUUGAUACUGAUAUUUUACAAGGAGAAGAUUAA